AACCCGGAACGGUGGUGUUUUUUUCGCUUUCUACAAGAUCGGGUUAAAUCCUGUGAAAUUAGUGCCACGAUGACUGGUAGUGAAAUGCUAACGGCCGGCAUCGAGGAAGAAACGAACAGUCCGAAGAAGAUCACUCUAGAACGAUCAAUUUCCGAUUAUAGUGAUCGGGAUGUGCAGUGUGGAUUUUGGGUCUGCAAAGGAAAAUUCUGGCAAAAAAUGGCCAGUAAGAAGCUUUACGUACUUUUGUUCGGCAUCGUUGGGUGUUUAUUCGGAUCAACCACAUCCUACUUCUAUGGAACGCUCACCACUGUGGAGAAAAGUAUUCAGAUCUCAUCAAAAAAUGCCGGAAUAAUUAUGGCAGGCUCGGAUCUGUCCUUCGUUCUGUCGUCGUUGUUUCUUUCAUACUAUGCGGCCAAUAGGCGGAAACCACUUUGGAUAGCUCUGGGCAUCACUAGCAUGGGUUUGUCGUGUUUCGUAAAUGCGCUUCCACAUUUCUUCUACGGACCAAAUUUGGAUGAUCUUUUACAAAACGUUUCGAAUAGCACCGUUGGAGAAUCGAAAGCAAAUGACAAUCUUUGCAACAAAAAUCGACCACCACCCGACUGUUCCACGGACAUCGGGAAUCUGAAACCGCAGAUGCUUCUAUUUUUGGGUAGCUUUCUAUCCGGAGUAGGAACGUCUUUAUAUUUUACGUUGGGAUUGACCUAUUUGGAUGACAAUGUGCGAAAAGAAAAGGUCCCAUUUCUCUCCAGUUUGUCGGCUUUCGGCAGAAGGCUCGGACCAAUGUUAGGUUUUUCACUGGCAUCGUUGUGUUUGAAAUAUUUCGUAUUUCCCGAAAUUGAUCCUGGCUACGGAACUACGGACCCACGUUGGAUCGGAGCCUGGUGGACGGGGUGGAUUGUUUUAGGAACAUCUCUGCUUCUCGUUGCGCCUAUAUUUGCCGGUUUUCCUAAAAUUCUGCCCAGAGCAGCAGAACGCAAGUCGCUCUCCAGGCAAGCUAGCCGGAUCAGUGGAGCACCAGUGGAAGACGAGCAGCCGCAGGUAUCGAUCGGUGAUCUGAUUGUGACGCUGAAACGACUAAUUACCAACAAGGCUUACGUGUUCAACAAUACGGCGAGCAUAUUUUAUUUUUUCGGUUAUAUGCCGUACUUUUUGUUCCAGGCCAAGUACAUCGAGAUUCAGUACCGGCUGACGCCGUCACAGGCCAACAUGGUUACCGGAUCCGCUUCAUUGGUAUUCUCCGCGCUGGGGAUUCUAAUUGCCGGUGCUGUCAUCCAAAAAAUAAAACCAACUUCGCGACAUCUAGCGGCUUGGAACAUUUUCACCAGUGUGUGUACUGCAGCUGGAAUCGUACUCUACUCGGUGCUGGGUUGCAAUUCUCUAAAUAAUGCUUCAAUCGUCAGCAACUCUCAAGGUGCCGAAUGUAGUUUGGGCUGCAACUGCGAUUUCGUUAAAUAUGCACCGAUCUGCGGCAGUGAUGGUAACACCUACUUGUCUCCGUGUCAUGCUGGCUGCAAAGACCAAUUCAAGCAGGCUAACGGAUCAGUUUUUUACAGUAGCUGCUCUUGUAUCCAGAACCCACAAAACGUCUCAUAUGCUUCGUUUCAACAUAGUCCAUUCAACAUGUCUGUAUCUGAUGACGGUUUAGAUGUACAGCCCCUGGGAACUGCCAUCUCCGGAAGUUGUCCCGUCGAUUGCAUGACCCCAUUCUACCUCUUUCUGCUGGUGAUGUGUCUGAACAAAUUCAUCAGCGGUACCGAAUCGGCUGCCAACUUCCUGAUCGGACUUCGAUGCGUGGAAGAACGGGAUAAGGCGAUCUCGAUGGGAUUUUCAAUGGCGAUCAACACACUAUUUUCCUUCCUACCGGCGCCGAUCGUGUUCGGGUUGAUCAUCGACCGAACCUGCGUACUGUGGGGACGAACCUGCUCCAAGCAGGGUAACUGCUGGCUGUACGAUGGACUGUCGCUGCGAAAAUCGAUGAACUACACCGCAGCAGCAUUCGUCAUUAUCGGUACAUGUUUCGACAUGGGGACCUGGUGGUAUUCGAAAAAUUUCCGGAUAUUUGACGAGGAGGAAAAGCAACUACCGGAACAGGAUGCGAUGGAGGUCGAUCCGUACAGCAGAAGCGGCACAGAACAGAAGGAGCUUGUUGUGCUGUUAAAAGAUCCAAAAGAGUGAAAAAUAAAUAUUUGCUUGGCGCUUAAUUGCUCGCGGCUGGCCGCAUUGUAGAUUAAGUUUUAUUGGCGCUCGUUGACCUUAACUUUAAAUUUUGGCAAGUGGCAGGUAUGUUUGUGUCUCGUAAAGAUAAGAUUUGAUAUGCAGCUUUGCACUAGGAAGAUAUCUGUGGAGUAGAUGUGUUCAUCUUUAUCGGUUUCUCUAAACAACAGUUAUCUUCGAAAUGUUUGGUCGA